UUUUUCUUAUCGAUAAUUAAAGAUAUUAAUGAUUUAAUUUAUGCAUUGACAAACAUGACUAAAAAAAAACGUAACUAAAAAGAAACGGAGGAACUCCGUAAAAAUUUGUGACCAAUCUUCUCGUGUACACUUUGGGUGUUCCAAUUCUUUGUCUUGGGCGUCAUGGUCGUGCACUCAGCUCCAUAUAAUUUCAAAAAAAUAAAAAUAAAAACAAAAACAAAACCCCCCGCCUUCUCCACUCCCGAAGAACUCUCUUUUUCUUCCCAAAAAAACAACACAAAAACCCUCCAAAAAUUAUUUUGUGAAUUUUUAAGUUAAAGAGUUGACAAGCAAGCUGAAUCAAUGUCAACAUUGGAUUUAGACCCUGACGAAGUUUUCGCCGACGAUGAAGACGAUCUCCACGCAAAUUCUCUUCUUGACAGAGAAUCAAGCAAAGAGUAUGUGGUUUACGUUGUCGACGCUUCUCCCAAAAUGUUCGACACUUCUUGUCCUGCUGAAGAUAAAAAAGACCAGUCUCAUUUUCAAAUGGCUAUCAGCUGUAUCUCCGAGUCCUUGAAGAUUCGUAUUAUUAAUAGUUCCUAUGAUGAGAUCGCAAUUUGUUUUUACAACACUCGAGAAAAGAAGAAUUUGCAGGAUAUAAAUGGUGUUUUUGUAUUUACUGUUGCUGGUGAAGAUGGUCUUGGCAGGCCAACAGCCAGGCUAAUAAAAGAAUUUGAUCAAAUUGAGGAGUCCUUCAUGAAAAACAUAGGAAGCCAGUAUGGCAUUGUGUCUGGAUCACGAGAGAACUCCCUCUACAAUGCCCUUUGGGUUGCUCAAGCGCUUCUACGCAAAGGAUCUACAAAGACAGCUGAAAAACGUAUGCUUCUGUUCACAAAUGAGGAUGAUCCAUUUGGGACUUUGAACCGAGUAACAAAGCUAGACAUGACAAGGACUACUUUGCAACGAGCUAAAGAUGCACAAGAUCUUGGUAUCUCAAUUGAACUUCUUCCCCUGAGUACUCCUGAUAGAGAUUUCAACAUGUCCUUUUUCUAUGCUGUCAUGCUUGGAUUGGAGGGUGAUGCUCUAGCUGAAUUCAUUCCCUCAUCUAUAGAGAGAUUGCAAGACAUGAAGGACCAGCUGAGAAAGCGUAUAUUCAAGAAACGUAGAUAUAGAACAUAUACACUUUCAAUUGCGAGUGGUGUAUCUAUACAAAUGAGUGCAUAUGCUCUACUUCGUCCUACUGUUCCAGGAAAUAUUACUUGGCUGGAUUCUACGACCAAUCUUCCUCUCAAGACUGAAAGGUCCUUAAUUUGUGCCGAUACUGGUGCACUUAUGCAAGAAGCUCCCAAGCAGUUUCAAGCUUAUAGGGAUCAAGAAAUAAAGUUUUCCAGGGAGGAGAUAUCACAGAUUAAAAGAGUCUCUUUAACACAACUUUGCCUUCUUGGAUUCAAGCCAUUGAGUUGCUUGAAGGAUCAUCAUAAUCUGAAGCCGUCAACGUUUCUGUUUCCAACUGAUGAGGAUACAAUUGGCAGCACUAAGAUCUUCAUCGCGUUGCAUAGAUCUAUGUUGCGGCUUAGACGCUUUGCAGUUGCAUACUUUGGCAGUUCAACACAUCCUCAGUUGGUUGCGCUUAUUGCUCAAGAUGAAGUAAUUACUGCACGUGGUCAGGUUGAGCCUCCUGGAAUGCAUAUGAUUUACCUACCAUAUUGUGAUGAUAUACGAAACCCUGAAGAGCUUCAUAUGGAUGUCACUUUUACGACCCCUCGUGCAUUGAAUGAAGAUAUUCAGAAGGCUGCAGUCCUUAUGAACCGUGUAAAUUUAAAAGAUUUUGCAGUAUGCCAGUUUCCUAAUCCCGCCUUGCAGAAGCACUACGCAGUAUUACAGGCCUUGGCUCUGGAAGAAGAUGAAAUACCAGAAAUUAAGGACGAUACCCUUCCUGAUGAAGAGGGCAUGGCCAGGCCUGGUGUUGUUAAUGCAAUAGAAGAAUUUAAGUUGUCUGUCUACGGAGAUAAGUAUGAUGAAGGAGAGAGUAUUGUUUCUGAAGCUUCCAAAAAACGGAAAGCUAUCGCUGAAAAGGCAGUACAAGAGUCUGCUAAUUAUGACUGGGAUGAUCUUGCUGAUAAUGGAAAGCUGAAAGAUUUAACAGUGCCAGAACUUAGAUUUUACCUCACAGCCCACAAACUUCCUGUUACUGGAAAGAAGGAAGCUCUCAUUAGCAGGAUCUUGACUCACAUGAAAAAAUGAAUCUGGCAUUCACAGAUAUAUUCUGGGGAGAAAUUAGCUAGGAUUUUGACUGUACAAAUGUCUGUAGACAGAGGGCAAAUUUUCACAACACCAACAUCACUGCCUCUUGGGCUCUUACCAUGCUUGUAGAGGUAUAAUGAUGUAUGCCAUCCUUUUCAACUCUAUUUUUUGAACAUUUUGGUGUUAUUCUUGAAUGAUUAGAUGCCAAAGAUGUCGAUGGUUUGAUGUUGUACAGGAUAAACAAUCUGCUUAAUAUUGGUCUCAGUUGUUUCUUGUUAGUUGUUACUAUGUAUUCAUCGUUGUAUUUUCUGCCGCUCUGAUUUUGUUUGUGUUCAUAUACACCCAAAAGAACUUUGCAAAAUCUGA